AGUUCGCGGCGCAGUUCACUCAGGUCCAAGAUACUGCCUUGGGUUAAAAAUUGAGGCGGGCACUCCCGCCUCGAGCCUGUAUCUGCGCUACUUAUUAAAACUAUUUCUUUAAUAGACAGCUACACAGUACUCAAUCUCGAUAUGAAACAGUCACGUACAGCUCUCCGAGCAUGAAGCAGCGGCCCUUCAUAUCGUGUUACUACCUGUGGGUGGGAACAGAAGCUAGGCAGAGAUACAAAGCACCGGCGGCCGGUACGGCGGUAAUGGGACUUCGCUAACGAGAAAACACUACGAUCACACAAGGCAUUGCUUCGUCGUCAAUCUGCAAGACCCCACUUCCCCGGCACCGGCAGAAACCAUGAAGCGCGGGACAAUGUUGCUGGCUAUAAAGUCUCUGCUGCAUUCACCCACAACCGCCAUCUCGCAUUGUGCGCCCACCUCGCAACAACUCAAACUACCGCUAUGGUAGACUUACACGACACAAGGAACAGCCGUCACUCGCUCAUGUUGCAAAUGGCAACUGACAGUAUCACGAACGCCAAUCCUGCUACGCUCGCGACCACACCCCAUACAGAAGGCACGUCGCUUGCUCACGGGGCCCCGGUCACGUACCGGCUUUACAAACGGCGCUUUAUCGGGCUCUUAGGCCUUUUCCUGCUCAAUAUCGUCGCAGCGUUGCCGAACCCAUGGUAUGGCCCCAUCGCGAACAACGUUUCGGCCGAUUUUGGCUUCACGCUCAACCGAGUUAACUGGCUUGGCAACGUGAUCAACUUCGUCUUCCUCCCAACGUCCAUCUUCGUUCCAUUUUUCUGCAAGCGCUAUGGCAUCCGUAUAUCCUGCUACAUCGCGACAUUUUUCCUCCUUGUCUCCGGAUGGAUACGCUAUGCUGGCACCGUGCGCUCCUUGGACUCAGAUGGCUCGUAUGCGCUGCAGAUGGUCGGUCAACUGUUAGCAGGCGUAGCACAACCAUUCUUUCAAAUCAUUGGGCCACUUUACUCCGAAACAUGGUUUGAUACCAAGUCGCGGACGACAGCUACUAUGCUGAUUGCCAUCGCAAAUCCCAUCGGUGGUGCUAUCUCGCAAGUACUGGCACCGACCGGCGGAACACCACGAUCUUCUAUCCUUAUACUGGCGAUAAUCUGCUCUGCAGUUGUGCCUUGCACCUUCCUCGUGGGAAACACUCCGCCCACACCACCAACCUACUCUGCGGCACAACCAAGCCCGCCGCUCAUGUCGCUCGUGCGCGCGCUCAUUGGGCGCGAGCCGCGCGGUCGCCCGACGUACAUGAGUGUACGCGAGCGUUUUGACUUUGCGAUCAUGAUGACCAACUUUGGCAUUCUUGCCGGCACUGUGAAUGCCUUUGGAGUACUGACCGGCGAGGACCUGGUCCCGUACGGCUACUCAGACACAAUCGCGGGUCUGAUGGGCGCGACGCUACUCAUCGCCGGGAUCGUCGCCGCGUGCGUCACUUCCCCGCUCUUCGACCGCGUCUUCACGGGCCGCCUCGCGGUCGUGAGCAAGAUCUUAUCGCCCGCGCUCGGCGCACUGUGGCUCAGCCUCAUUUGGGCCGUGAAGGAGAAUAAUACGGGCGGCCUCUUUGCGAUCAUGGCGCUCAUCGGUAUAUGCGCGAUUACCCUCCUUCCCGUCGCGCUCGAGCUUGGGGUCGAGGUGACACGCAACGCUGACGGGAGCUCGGCGCUGUUGUGGUGCAUAGCCAACCUCAUCAGUAUUGCCUCUGUACUCAUCCAAGGCGCACUCCGCGGCGGCCCCGACGCGCACCCGCCGUUCAAUAUGCACCGCGGGCUGAUUUUCCAGGGAAUACUCGUUUGCUGCACCGUCUUCACCGUCUUUGGGCUUAAGGGCAAGCACGCGCGCCGCGAGAUGGACGAGCGGGCGAUGCAGGAGGCAGCCGGUCUGCAGGGUGUAGGGGGAGAUUCUGUAGAGGGUUUGAAGCAGGAGGUGAAGGAGGGUGAAAGCGCUGUGCAAGUGCAAGCCGUUUAGCCUUGGAUCCGUCCUUCUCCGUCCGGUUUGUCAAAGUGACGAUGAGGCACUUGGCGUAUAAGUUAUAGCCAACACGAUAAUACGUAACUUUAAUAGCAGGGGACAAGCUACAACAAGGACUAUAGAUUACACUCGAAAGCAUCGCGCCCGCGACACCGAUCGCCGGGAGGACAUAUAUUAUACAAUGAUCAG